CGCCUAAACACAAGCAUCACAAAAACUAACCCCAUCCUACUAUCUACAUCAGACUAGUAAGUUGCAGAAGAAACCCUACAGAAUGUACGAGAUCAUUCAUGCUUCAGAUGUGGUCUCCUACUCAGAUGUGGUUUCCUCUUCUUCGUACCAUUAUCUAAAUCAGACUAGUAAGUUGCAGAAGAAACCCUACAGAAUGUACAAGAUCAUUCAUGCUUCAGAUGUUGGUCUCCUCUUCUGCGUCCUCUUUAUCUUCCAAGUCAAGUAUAAAUUUGUUAUGUCCCUUCUUAAUCUUGUAUUGGACAGUGCAGUUGCCUUCCUGAUGGAGUUCAUGUCUUUCAAAUCAAAGGUCAUGGAGACCUGCUCUUUCAUUUGUAUGAUCGUUGCUUCCUCUGGCUGAAAAUAUGGCAAUAAAAAUCUCAAAUCAACAAAUUUAUACACAACAGACUAUGAGAGAACUCACAACAAGUUCUCUAAGCGAAACAGAAGAGAGAAUAUCUCUUACCUUGUCAACUGUGGUCUUUAUGCCUCAGAACGAGAUUGGCCUUUCCAGUACACCCCUAGUGGAUAAUUUCACACUUUUUUUGGUGACCGAUAUCACAACUACACAAUCCAAAGAAAAUUGCCUUUCACAUCCCAAAAAUUCACAAAAAUGUCAUCCGAAAAUAAAUUGGCACAAAUCGGUGCUUAAUGGAACUAUCAUUUGUGGAUAAUAAGGUCAAUAGACUUCAUUAUUGGUGGAGAAUAAUCUCGGCAUGAAUCCUUGAUCUGUAGCCUCCAAAAUCGAAAGAAAAUGCCCCGAAAUCUGUGAUGGUACACUUUUGGAAUCUGCCAAAAACUGACCGGGAGAUAUUUGCCCAAAUCAGUGCUUAAUGGACUUAAUCAUCAUUGAAGAAUAUCCUCUGGCCGAAUCCGUGAUCUGUAGCCUUCAAAAUCCAAAAAAUGGAAUUUCGUCGACCAAAAAAUUACAAAAAUGUCAUCCGAAAAUAAAUUGGCCCCAUUCGGUGCUUAAUGGACUUAUCUUCUGUGGAGAAUAGAAUCAAUAGACUUCAUUAUCUUUGGAGAAUAGCCUUGGCCUGAAUCUGUGAUCUGUAGCCUCCAUAGUAGAAAAUGUCGUUUCGGGAAAAUCGCCAGAAAUCUGUGACGGUACCCCUUUGGAAUCUGCCAAAAAUUGACCCAGAAGAAAUUCACCCAAAUCGGUGCUUAAUGGACUUAAUCAUCGUUAAAGAAUAGCCUCAGGCUGAAUCCGUGAUAUGUGGCUUUCAAAAUCCAAAGAAAAUGGCCUUUCAUCUCCCAAAAAAUUACGAAAAUGACAUCCGGAAAUAAAUCGGCCCAAAUUGGUGCUUAAUGAACUUAUCAUCCGUGGAGAACAGAAACAAUAGACUUCAAUAUCGGUGGAGAAUAGCCUCUGCCUGAAUCCUUAAUCUGUAGCCUACACAUCGGAAGAAAAUGCCAUUUCGGGAAAAUCGCCCGAAAUCUGUAAUGAUACCCCUUUGGAAUCUGCCAAAAAUUGACCUGGAAAAAUUUCUCCCAAAUCGGUGUUUAAUGGACUUAAUCAUUGUUGAAGAAUAGUCUCUUACUGAAUCCGUGAUCUAUAGCUUUCAAACUCCAAAGAAAAUGGCAUUUCUUCGUCCAAAAAAAUUACGAAAAGGCCAUCCAAAAAUAAAUUGGCUCGAAUCGACACUUAAUGGACUUACCAUGCGUGGAGAAUAGGAUCAAUAGACUUCAUUAUCGGUUAAAAAUAGCCUCGGCCUGAAUCCGUGAUUUGUAGCCUCUAUAAUCGAAAGAAAAUGCCAUUUCGGGAAAAUCGCCCACAAUCUAUGAUGUUACCCCUUUGGAAUAUGUUAAAAACUGAUUCGAAAGAAAUUCGCCUAAUUCGGUGCUUAAUGGACUUAAUCAUCGUUGAAGAAUAACAUCAGACUGAAUUCGUGAUCGGUAGCAUUAAAAAUCCAAAGAAAAUGGCCUUUCACCGCCCAAAAAUUUACGAAAAUGAAAUCCGAAAAUAAAUUAGUCCAAAAUGGUGCUUAAUGGACUUAUCACCCGUGGAGAAUAGAAUCAAUAGAUUUCAUUACGGUGGAGAAUAACCUCAGCCUGAAUCCGGGAUCUGUAACCUCAAGAAUCGAAAGAACAUGCCAUUUCUGGAAAAUCCUUCGAAAUUUGUGAUGGUACUCUUUGAAAUAUGCCUAAAAUUGACCUGGAAGAAAUUCGCCCAAAUUGGUGCUUAAUGGACUUAAUCAUCAUUGAAGAAUAGCCUCAAGCCGAAUCCGUGAUUUGUAGCCUUCAAAAUCCAAAGAAAUUGGCCUUUCGUCGCCCAAUAAAUUACGAAAUGCCAU